GAGAGAAAGAAAGACCGGUUGAAGUGUCCUCUGCAGUGAAUAACUGCUACUUUGGAGGUCACAUAGACAAAGGACAAAAGUGUAUCUAUCUCUCUUGAUUAUACUUUUCUGCUGGGUGUUUAAGACCCAGUUAAAAUGAGACCUGUGUUAAUCAAAAUUGACCUUCUGCGACCUAUCAAGGUCAGACCUGCUGAAACUCAGAUUGUGGGGACAAGCCUCUUUCCCUAUCCACUCCUGCCGUGGGAGUGUGCACACAACCCCAUUCGCCAUGAGCUGUGACCCUGGUGGCUUUCCCCGGCAGCCACACAUCCCUACUCUGGGCCUGCCAGUUCAGCAGCUGCUUCUCCAUUUCCAAUGCUUCUAAUCUUCAUGGAUCCACAACAGUAACCAUGGCAACACGGGUCGAGGUUGGCUCCAUAACGUCCCUGACGGCGGUGCCAGGCCUAGGUGACAUCAGCAAGGAGACCUUGAAGCGGACCUUCUUCCGCCCAGCAAGUGACACCUCUGGGGUUCCCUCAGCCCAGAUCCUAGAAGGACAAAGCCCCCUGCGGGGCCCAGCCCACUUGUUCCCUCUGCCAAGACUCGCCCCUAAACCCUUCUCGAAGGAGCCGGCCCCCGACAUUAAAUCCCCUGUAGCAUCUUCGUGGCCAGGUCCCAUCAGGCCGUCCUCCACUGGGGUCUCUGAGGAGGUGGCAGCCAAGAAGCCGAACCCAAGGAUGCCCAGUUUGGCAGGACAAGAGGUAGAUGGGGGGGACAGCCCUGGCCAAAGCGAAUCUGUGACCAGCAAGGCCACGUUCCUGCGUCCCAGCCCCAGCACCGGCCCCAGCACCAUGAUUCUCUAUGAGACCACCAAAACUGGCCCGCCUCUGGGGAAAGGGCUCAGUCAGGGGGCUCGAGAGGCUGGCACGGGGGUGUCCCAGGAGCCCCUCGCCAGUGCCCGGCCAGAGGUGGCCGCCAAGCCUGCUUUGCCUGCUCACAAGCCCAUGGGAACCCUGCCCCGACCGGCCUCCCUGCCGCAGGAUGCGCGGUCAGCCCCGGGCCAAGCAGAGGCACUUCCACAGCAGCCGCUCUUGAAGGCCAGCAGUGUGGAGGACACUACAGCCGCUGCACCGGGGCCCAGGCCCCGCCCGAAGAGGAGGCCCGUGUCGGCCAUCUUCCCAGAGUGUGCCCAGCCUCUGAAGCCAGGCCCAGGAGAGACGGCCAGGGUGGGCAAGGUGCCCCCCACCCCUCCUGAAAAGACAUGGGUGAGGAAGCCCCGGCCUUUGUCCGUGGACCUCACGGCCCGGUUCGAGAACAAGGAGGCCUUGCUGAGGAAGGUGGUUGACGAGGGAAAAGGAACCUUCGAGUGUCGUAGGCCAGAGAGGGCCAACCCCGAGGCCAGAGUGGAUGGGGACUGUUCUGUCCAAGCAAGGACCUCGCACCAUGACCCGGACACAGACUUCCUGGAGGGGAUCAAGAAAGUCCGUGAACAGAAGGAGAAGCUGUUUUUUAAGCAGGCAGAGAUGGGUGGCGCCAGGGCCCUGGGGUGCUCAGCCAAGGUUCCCCCUGCAGGUGACCAGAGUCCGCAGGAAGAGAAGGCCAGGCUGAGCCAGGAGCCAGAGAAGGUGCCCGAGUCCCCUUCACUGAGGUCAGGAGGAGGGACGGAACGUGCUGGGGCCUUGAACAGAGGAGCCAAUGGGGACUCCCCAGUGGGGACGGAGUGGACCUCCAGGGGCAGCGUCAAGAAGCGCCUCAGCCUGUUUCAGGAGGAGAUUAUCUUGGCCUCAGCAGGAGGAUCUGAGCCUCCCCCGGUCACCCUGGAGUACCCAUUGGCAACACCAGAGCCUGAGAAAGGGGGUGUGAGUGUCCAGGAGCGGAUCAAAGGCUGGGCCACUGAGAGCUGGGAGGUGAAGCCAGAGAUCAGGAGGCGGACGCUCCAGGCACGGCCACUAUCAGCGGAUUUGACCAAAGUGUUUUCAAGUUCAGCUUCGAGCAAUGAGGUCAGGUAUGAGAAGUAUGCUGGGAUGGGCAGCCAGUCUCCUAAGGAGCCAAGCGAGAAGCCAAAGGCAGGGCAUGGUUUGGACAGAGCACCUGCCCCAACUGGCCCUUGGAAACCUGGGUUGCCCCACAAGCCAUGCAGGCCGACGGAGCACAAAGACAGCUCUAAACAGGACUCCGGCAGCUGUCCGGAUGACAGCUCAGGGAGGGCUCUCAGCUCCUCAGGAGUCACUCCAGGAGAUGAUGGAAACUUCCAGGCAGUGUGGGCCACAGUGUUUCACCAUCGCGUGGACAGACACACGGUGGCUGAGCAGUCAGGACGUUGUCUCUUAGACACAUCCCCUCGUGAUACCCAUGUCUCUGAGCCCACACCCAGGUCUGAGAAAGGCCCUUGGAUGGGGAAAGACCCACCAGAAGUGACAAACCCCAGGAGGAAGAAUUCCAAGUGGCCUGAAAGUCCUGAGCCAGGGAAACUGGAAGGAGCUGCCCUACUGGACAGUGAGCCGAGACAAUACCGCACACCCGCCCCGGAUAAAUACCCUGCAGGUGACACACACAGUGAUAACCCCUUCCUGAAGCACUCGGAAAAUCCUCUCACAUCACGGAGGAUUGAGCCCAGGUAUGACGUUGUGCACACCGUCGGGGAGCGCGCGCACAGCGAGGCUGUCUCCACCGCGCCUGGGGAACAGGCCGUGACGCUCCGCAGUGGCAGGUCCCAGCUCUCGCUGAAGCGAAGGCAGCUCUCCCAGGAGGUCAGCCCUGUCAACCCAGAGCAUCCUCUUGAAGGUCAGGCAGGGUCUGUCCAAAGGGCCAGUUUGAUUUGGGAAACUCGAGGGCAGGAGGCCAGUGGGCCAAAGCUUGACCUCCGUGAGCCGAAGGACACAUUUGGGGAGAGUUGCUCACCACCCAGGUGGACAAAUGGGUCAGCGGUGAACUGGCAUCAAACUACCCUAGUGGCCAGCACGGAGCCCUGCGCUCCUGAGGCCCAUUUUGGGAGGGCUGUCAAGGUUGCCAUCUGGGAAGGCCAGAACCAGGGGCCUGGGGUCAGAAACGAGCCGAGAGGCUCCAUUUCUGCAGCACAGAGAGGUCUACCUGGAGGGUGUGCUCUGGACCCUCCUACUGUCAAGGCCAAGUUUGAGCCCUCUGGCUCGCAACUUCAGGCACGCCCAGAGGCAUUUCUCAUGCAGAAAGGACCCCCUGUGACUGCCAGUAAGGGGGCUGCAAGGCUGGAGCCUGAGAGCAGAGUGCCGAAAAGCAGCCCCACAGACCCGAGGAUGGACAGAUGGAGGCGGCGGACUUUACCCCACGAUGCAAAAUUUGAGGCAUUCAGCCUCCUCCUCCCAGAGAACUCUUCAAAAGUAGAUCAGAGACAAACAGAUUCCUUGAGCCCCACAGCCAGUGCCUUAAGAAAACCUGAGCUGUCCCACAAUCACGUGGGAACACAGGAGGGGGCCCCAGGUGCCCCACAGGACUGGACCUCCCCAGGCACAAAACCAGGGUCAUCCGUGGAACCCAAGGCAAUGUUUUUUGCAGUCACUUACCAGAUUCCUGAUAUUCAAAAGUCAAAGAGUGUUGUGAAGUCAGGGCCUGAGAAUUCACUGGAGCAUCCUCGAAAAGUAGCUCCGCCUCCAUCUCCUCAACCUUUUAUAACUGCUCUGGUGUCUCCUAAUCAUGAAGAGCCACAGGCUUCUGCAGGCAGUAAAACCUGGGCUCAGGGGAGAGACUGUGAGCAGGUAAUGGACGCUUCAAAAAACCUGAAGUCAAUAGACCGUCUGUCCUCCGAGGGAGACCGGAUCCUGGACCCUUCUGACAAAGGAAGUGUCACUGUGGAUGCUCUGCGGACUCAUCAGGCAGAAGGCGUGAGUUUUCAGAAUGACCGGAAGGACAGUAGCAGUAGGACGUCCCCCAGCAGUGCUCCCCAAUCUAUCCUGACCCUGAGAAGUCACCUGAGACCCAGCAGUCUGCUGGUCAGAAGGAGGAUGGUGGUGGACAGCGAGACGUUCCCGGGGAAAAUGAAAGGUGGUUACAGAUCCAAUGUUCUCGACAUCGAUGCCCUGAUGGCUGAGUACAAAGAACAGUCGACCAAAGUCCCUGGGGAGGCCUGGCAGCAGAGGGACAGUCCCACUGUGGGGCUCAGCAGCUCACCUCGCGAGACACCAGGCUGGUCCAGCAGGGUGGACAGGGGAAGCAGGAGCCCUAAGGAGACUCCUAGUAGGGAGGCUUCCCAGAAACAAGCCAGCAUCAGGGAUCCAAGCCUCAGUACCACACCUGGCUCAGGCAAGCAGCCGGCAGAGACCCUGGGAGUCACCACAACCCCCAAGUCCAGCUGUCCUUUGUGGGCUCUGCCACACACAGCUCCUGCUGACAGAUAUUCCACGGUGUCUUCCAUCCCUGCUGGACCCAGGAAGAAAGUUACGGGAAUCUCAGAAAAUGAAAACAAGGCCUUUGCUAGCAGCCGUCAUGACACAAAGUUUCAGAAUUACCCGGUUGAGGCAAAGCCCUCUGGCUGGGAAGAUCCAGGCAGUGGAGAGAGACUGACACCGAAAUCUCCUGCUGACAAGACUAAAGGGGCCCUACGCAAAUCCAUCUGGCAGGGAGUGGAGGAGAGCGUGGCCCAGUGGGGUGACCCCCGUCGUGACUGCGGGAGGUCGCCGCUGGACAUCAAGAGGACCUCUUCGGAAAGAGGCCUCCCUGCCAAGGUCCGAGAGGGUCUGUGCAUCAUGCAGGAAGCCAGACAGAGGAGACAAGAGCAGCCCAAAGGGAGGACCAGCCUCCCCGCAGACAGUCUGGAGGCUGGAAUAGGACCCUACUGGUGGGAGCCAAGAACUCGAGACAGUCACAAGGACCAGCUGAAGCAGUGCUUCUCCAGGCGACCCGCCGAGGCCAAGGACACCGACACCCUCGUGCACGAAGCCGAUGGCCAGUAUGGGACGUGGGCAGAACAGCGCCAGAGCGCAGACAGCCUGGCCCCCGAGUCUCCGUCUCCAGACAGCAGCAGCACAUCCGUGCGGAAACAGCCCCCCAGCAGCCGCCUGUCGUCCCUGUCCUCCCAGACAGAGCCCACCUCGGCGGGGGACCAGCAGAGCGCCAGCAUGGACCACUCCAGCUCUGAGCUGGACUCUACAGAUGGGACAGAGGCGCUGCCCCGACAGGACACCUGCCCUCCCCAGGGGACAGAUGACUUCUCCUUCAUCCACCAAACCUCAGUCUUGGACUCCAGUGCUCUCAAGAGCCGAGUGCAGCUCAGCAAGAGAAGCCGCCGCAGGGGCCCUAUCUCCCACUCCCUCCGGCGGAGCCGAUUCAGUGAGUCAGAGAGCCGGUCCCCUUUGGAGGAGGAGAAUGAUAACACAUGGAUGUUCAAGGACUCAACAGAAGAGAAACUGCCCAGAAGGGAAGAUUCUGAUGAGGAGGAAGCGCCAUCCAGGACAGAGAAGACGCCAGUCAGCCAGCCACAGAGGGUGCCUGUGUUUCCAGGCGUGGACCCGGCCGUCCUGAAGGCUCAGCUGCACAAGAGGCCAGAGGUGGACAGUCCUGGUGAGACCGCCGGCCGGGCCCCGCAGCCCAAGACCCCCAAGCCCCAGUUCCAGCCUGGGGUACUGGGCAGCCGAGUGCUUCCCUCCAGCACGGAAGACAAGAGUUUCAGGUCAGAAGAACCUUCUCCCCAGUGGCUAAAGGAACUGAAAUCCAAGAAGAGGCAAAGCCUGUAUGAGAACCAAGCGUGACAGGUAGGGGACAGUACCACAUCUAAUUAACAGAAGCCUUAACCGUUAGACCAUCAUGAGCCACAGAGAGGCCAAGCUGCUGCCCUCCCUCCUGCACCGUGCUCACGUGCCUGGGCCCUCCUGGGGCCAGAGACCUCUCUCCAGAGCCCGGAUCCCACAGGAAGGCAUCCCCUCCUGAAGGACCUGCUUAGCUCCAAGAUAGCACUUCCGGCUGGGAAAGAAGCCAGACUGCCCAGAAAUGCCCCUGGCGGGGUUUUGCUUUUUACACUAGAGCCUGCAUUUCUACCGUCUUUCGACACCUUCUGCGUCUCCAGGAGCAUCAGUGCCAGGCUGAUGAGGUUCUGAAAAACACCUUAAUUAGGAGACCGACUCUUGGCUGAGUCUUUUCCCCAGGAAAGGACAUUUCCAAGAAGGUUCCAACCAUUCACUUGCUGCUGUCAUCUUGGUCCAAGGCAUUACCAUGGGGUUGGGAGUUCUGAUUGCUUUGACAGAUUCCUUUUUCUUCAUGAGGAAUCAGCGUUUCCAAUUAUUAAACAUACCCUCCCCGAUUCUCUUAUGUGUAUUUCUCCUUCUAGUGGGGCCAUGUGCAUAGCUGACCUCCUUUUUGUUUGCUUUGGAAGGCGAUAAAGCAAUAACUUAGCCAAUUUUCUUUGAAACUUGACAUGUAUAUAUGUUUUUACAUUAAAGGACAGGCGGACAGGUGUGUGAAUAGUAUGUGUUGAAGCAUCCAACCUCAGGUUAUCUUAUCUCUAUCCAAGCUUUGUACAACGUGUAACUGUCACCCUAUAUAUAUUCUCCCUCUUUCUUUCCCAUUUGAGCCCUGAUUUCCAAGGUGUGGCUUUUGUCCCUGGACCUCAGGGGGUCAUGAGUGCAGCUUAAAUGGCAGUAUCUUUGUCAAACACCAGACCCACCCCAGGCAUCUUCUUCUCCAGUUCUUUUGAACAAAGCCCAAGUUGCUGGAAUAGAGCAGCCUUACUAAUUCAGCCUCAAAGCAAAUGCUUGAGUAAAGGCUACUUUUUGUUUUUUGUUUUCUCUCACCUUGACGCUCCCCUCCCAGCUCCACCUAACCACAUGCUUUUGUUGUGGUGGUGGUUGUUCAAAUGCUGGCGAUGCUGGCAUUACUCAAAACCCUUCCCAGAGGGGAACGCUAGGCCAAGGACUUCCCAGGAGUGCUGGCUGUUUGGUGACAAAAUGUAAGACUCACCCUGCCUCUUUCUUUUUCUAUAAGCUGCUUCCUGAGACUCUCCAGGCCUCUGGGGACUCCAGACAACUUCUGCUCUAUCCUUUAUCCUGGAAAUCCUCAACUCCAUCCCCCUCCAUUUCCAAAGCACCAGGCACCAGCAAACAUCCCAGAUGUACCUGGCUGGCUGCCUGCCAUGCUGGAGUUGCCAUAAACCUCGUGCCAACCUUGCCAGAGAAUCACCCAGUGGUGAGAUACAUGGUCAGCUCACAGGGCAUGAUCGCAGAGGGCCCUGGGGAUGAAUGUCCUGAUGGAUCCACGCAUAGCACCAGCUAGACCGCAAAGUACACUCCUCAGAGGUGGAACAUCUUUCUUGGUAAAUCCAUUAUUUGCAAAUAGUAUCAAAACUUCCCUCUCUUCUCCGUGACCACAUCUCCAUGAGUCUUCAUGUCUCUCCCCAUCUUAUCUCCCUCCCUAAUCUGCUUUUACUGUCUCUUUUCCCUAAUCUGCUUUUACUGUCUCUUUUCUCUCUAGGAUUUCUCAAGGUUCACACAAAUGCCAGUGCGCGGCUUAGGGUCACUGUUCAGCACCGUGGACAGCAACCGCGGGCCCCACCCACCUCCACCCUGAGUGGGUGGCCUGGGCUUUGCCUACUUAUGGGCGGUUGCUGGGCCUGUGUCUGUGUUUGGGAGUUUAGCUCUGCUCAAUGACAGUUUGUAUUCUCAUCCCUGAGGUAUAAUAGUCAGUCUGUUCCCUGUAGCUAUCCCUGGAAGUAUUCAUCCUUCCAGAACUGCUUUGGUUGAUUUUUGUUUGAAGAUCCACUUCAUGUUUUGCAACAAUCUUGAUGUGGUGGCUAAGUCAAAGAACCUCCCUUAGAACACACUGCUAGUGUUCUGACCCUGACUUCAUCUCUUAGCUCUUCUCUCUCUUUCUGCCCAGUGGAAAGGGUCCUUUGGUACCUGUGUGGAUGUAUAGCAGCAUGUAGAAUGUUUAAUGCUAAGUGAGUUGGAUUUAAGCCCAAGUCAAAUGGAUAGGAGAGAAAUCACUCCCAAAUGAGAUUGGCCUGGGAAUCUUUUGCCCAACCUCUCACACCUUCACUGGCCAUAUACCUAUUUAAUUCCACCUUAGUGUAGACACACCCACUGACUCAACCCUAGCCAGAGCAAGCCCUGAAGGUCCUUGUCUCAUCUCCAGCAGCACACAGCUGACAUUCACAGUGGGUUGUGAGCAACCCUCCUAUAGCAGGUUCCUCACGACCUUGGAGUCCUAUCUAUGCAGUGUAGUGAGAAGUGACCCAAGCUUGGGAGUCUUGGCAGGAAGCUGGGCCAGUGGGUUGUACAUUUCCCCUUUUCUAAACUAGGUGAGCUCUUUGGAGCUAAGCAGUGGGUUGACCACUAGCUCCCAAAGUUUCCCUGGAGCCCCCUCUGCAAUUCUGUCUUUUUAAACUAACUUCAUAUGCCUUAAUCACCUGUGUGCAGUCAAGUCGCCUGCCCCACCCAGCAGCUCUAUCUCUUCUCAAAGGAGUCUUACGUAGAAUGCAGAUUCCUCUGUAGGUACAACCUCCUCCUCCCCCUGUGCCCAUCAGCAUUUUGACAGCUGGCCUUCUGCUAAGUCUGUAUCUCUUUCCCCUCCAGUGGGUCUUUGUCUUCAUGGUCCCUUGCCUAAUGACUCAUGGUGAAGCCUCAAAAAUUAAUGUUGUAGAGAAUUAUUCAGCAUCACCGGAGAAAUUCUGGUGGAAGUGAGACCUCACUGAAUUGGGGACUUUGGGGGCUUGGGGUGAGAUUGACACUGACCACCUCAGGUUGUCUGGGAUUAGGGAAAGGAUAAUCGGACAGCAGCAUCUUACAGGUCAUACAGCCCCAAACAAAUUUGUCUUCCUCCGCCUCCCCAGAAGUGAGGCCCACUUUAGGAAAGUGCUAAGGAACAAGAACAGAAAUAAGCAUGGAGGGGCCGGGGAUUUAGCUCAGUGAUACAGCACCUGCCUGGCAAGCAUGAGGUCCCUGAGUUUGAUUCCUGGUACUAAAAAAAAAGGAAAGAAAUAGUCAUAGACUUGAGGUCCUGAGCCUUAGAGACUGAUAAAGGAUUUGGGAAAAUCCUGAGCUGAUUUUCCUAAAGGAAACUGCAGCGGCUCCCAGCUGGGGUUGAUAGCCACCUGGUCAGUCUGCGGCUUUACAGUUUGUUUUUCACCCCGUGCACCAGACUGGCCCUGGAGUGAAGCGUGGAUGCAGCCCCUGACUGGGAGGUUUAAGCCAUGGCCGUCUUUAAAGUGACAGAGGGGUUCUAUAGCCUGGGAACGCCCACCCCACUCUGGGUGUGGAAACCUAGAGGCCAAGGUCCCAUAGCACCAUGAUCUCAUGGGGUGGAGGGCAGUUUUGGGGUAGAGAGAGCCCCUCAGGCAGGACCCACUUCACAGCUCAGAGAGGAUCCACCUUGGGCUGAGUCCCAUACUGAGUAGGGGACCCUAGCUCUGUGCUGAGACAGUACCAGGAACCACCCCGAUGGUACCUGGGGAGGCCAAGGCUCUGGGAGCCUAAGUCCAUGCCAGCAGGAUGAGCACCAUGGGUCAUCACCAGCCCGGGUCCUGUUUGGUCCCCAUCACUCUCUGGACUUUUCCUUUUGUCUGGUUGGCUCCUGCAGGAAGAGGGACAGAAAGCCAGCUCUCUGCUCUGGAAAGCCAGCCUAAGAUUUCUGGCAAGUGAACCCUUGAAAUCCCAUUCCAGUCUGCCUUCUUUGCCUACCCACUCCUCCCACAACACCCUUAAAUAGUUGCCUCUCACCUGGGCCAUGACAGCUCCUAAUGUGACUUGGACUAACUGCUCUGUGACAAUCCUUGGUGGCAUCACACCAGCUAAAACUUAUGCCAUAAUCUAAAGAAGGAUUUGAGCCUUUACAUGAUGGUUUCAUUCCACAUUGCCUUAUGGAUCCUAUAACUAUGGGGCUCAUAAAAGUAACACAUGUGAUGUGGAAGGUAUUUGAUACUGUGCUAUUUCCUAAGCCGCACAGGUAUCCUAGAAGUCAUAUGCUUCCCAGAUGGUUAUGAAUCCCACGUGUUUUGCAAGAUAGGGUGGGAGGGGAGAACUACAGUAUAUAGAAAUACAGUAUAUAUUUUCCCAACUGUUCUCCUGGGCCCGUCCUCAGAUACUUGAGUCAUGAUAGGACAAGAACUCAAGUUGUGUGGGGGGGAACAACUCAGCUUCCCCGCUGCAGUGUUCUUGGAGUUGCCUUAUGAAUCCACAAGCUCCAGGACUUCUGAACGGAAGGCAGAUGAGAGGCACUUUAUCCAGUCUUGGAAAGAACCUAACCAUGUGACUGAGAAUUAGAAAAACCUAUAUUUUUAAUGUAAAAAUAAAAGAGGAGGGAGGGCUUCCUGGACCUCACAGAGUAUCGGGUGUCUACAAGUGCUUUUAUAUUUUGUAACUGUAAAGAGGUUUCUUAUGCACAGAAGAGCAGUUGGAAACUGGUCCGCUGCAGUGAAAUGAGAUGACCUUUGCAUGUACAGAGACGUCGCAUUCAGACUCUGAAAACAGCAAAUAAAGCUUUGAUGCAAGUUGCAUUGGAGAA